CUUUCAGUUGUUCCGCUGUCUGGGCGCGCCUUUUCAAUCCAGUGUAAAAUGGGAUGGCAAGAAUGGAACCAGGCCUGCUACAAGUUAACCAAAGAUUUUAAACCAUUCUCCAAUGCCUCCUCCAUUUGUAGACAGAGUGGUGCUGAAUUGGUGUCCAUUGCAAGUCUCCAAGAAAACGAAUUCGUCCACAAUGUGUCCGAAGGAGAGGACGUCUUCAUUGGUCUCCGUGCUGCAAAAGCCAAUGACAGCUUUGUCUGGUUGGAUGGCAGCACUUUUGAUUACAAUAGGUGGGAAGACGGAGAACCUGACGGCGAUUGUGGAUUAGACGGCUGUUGCGUUAUCCUCGUGGAACCUAAUGGCAGGUGGAAUGACACACCAUGUGAGUUCUGGCAUCCGUUUGUGUGUAAAUUCACAAACUCGCAACCCAAACUGCGGCCAGGUAAUUACCUAGUUCAGUUUUAACAGAGGGGGGACGAGUCCGUGUGUCGUGAGAUUGUAAACAUCAUAUACAAAUAGUCAGAAAUAGCGCACCGAACUUUGACAAAUAAACUCCCCGAACGUGCGGUUAAUCAGCGCAAUAUUGAAGAAGAUAGAUCCAGUUUAGAACAUGAAUGGAUAUAUGGAUUGCUGGGGUCCCAUAUUUGGAGAUGUUGGAUGGGUGUAUAUAUAUAUCUCGUUCAUUGUUAGUCCCAUGAACAUCCGUGCUUGAGGAUUUUAUACGUGGCUCACUGGUUCAGAUAGAGUCCUAAAGUGUGAUGUCAUAGAAAAUUAAAUUUGUGAAAUUAUGUGAUUUGUCGGGAUAUUCUCAAAGAACAUAAUCCAAGAGGCCUACUUGCCGAAAACUAGCAUUGUGGGGCAAAUUGUCUCUGAGAUAUAAGCCCAGUUAUGCUCUGAUGACUCCUUACAAAUCCUUCUAAAUUUGACUAAACUUUUAGACCCAAGCAGGAUUUUUAGAAGGAUUUUUAUGGAGUCAUCAGAGCAUAACUGGGCUAAUAUCUCAGAGCACGAGCGCUAAUUUUCGGCAAGUAGACGUCUUGGACGUUGUUCUUUCAGAAUAUCUUGACAAAUCUCAUAAUUUCACAAAUUUAAUUUUUAUCACGUCAUCACUUUAGAACACUAUAACGGAGCUCCACGCGAGAGCGUAGCCCCACACCCAAGAAAAUGUGGUAAUCUACCCAUGCGAGAAAUUUUGGUAAUCACGUGACCGUACGCCCGUCCGGCCAUCCGCACCACAGGUAAACCAAUGCAAAAUAACUCAACGAACAGGUAUGGCAACCCAAAUGCAAUUCGAGGUUAUUUUGGCUGGAAAUCGCGUAGCCACCCGCGUCUUGUGAAGCAGAGACAACUUAAGAGUCAAUAAAGACGAAAACGGAAAGCGGAAAUUGUUUCUUUAUCCCUGUUGUUUAAAGUAUUAAGCUUAGAUUAAUUGUCAUGUCCACAUAUUUGGAAUAUACAGAAAGAGAAGGACAGAGAAAAGAGAAAGUAGGCGACAGGUAGCGUAGCUCAACGAGAAAAAGAGCGGCAGGGAGCUAGGGCGAGAGAUAAAUAACAAAGGAGACAAUCUCUGGUGGAAGAACAACAUGAACAUUUUGUAGCGGCGCUGAGAAAAUGAGAAAUGCUAGCGGUCAUCAAGGUGAAAAUGAACGGCAGUGAAAAAAAAGGUGAACAAGAACACGUACGACAUUUCCUCCACAAAAUGUGUAACUAGAAAGUUUCUGGAAGUUUCACGCUGUAGUCGUGCAAAACAACGGCAAAGAAAUGCACAAAAAAGUGUGCUGCAAAGUUGCUUUUUUGCUAAUCAGACCUGCUGUUGUUUGUCACUGUUCUCUUUACCUUCGCCGCGUAGCGUUACACGAUUUUAUAUUUUGUUUGAGCAAACAAUAAAAAUUAUCGAGAUUUAUAUAUUAAUGCCAUAGUAUACAGACUUGUACCCAGUUCCCCUCAGUUUGACAGCAGGCCAAAGGGUAAGUAACGUCGACGGCGACGUCCGCGUAAACGACGCUCACUUAUUACGAUGUCUAUAGCCUGCGUAGGCAGCAAUCAAUGAAUAAGGAUGAGCGCUUAGGUAUGACUGCUCUUCUAAGUAGAACAAAUUAUAGUGAAUUUUCAAAGGUUAUAUUGUAUGCAAACUAAUGUAAAAGAGGCGGGAUGGAUUGGUACUCAGGAGUCCAUAACCCUGAGCGAGCAACUGCCAGGUACUCGUGUCACAACGUUCUCACCGACCAGUUUAUUUUAAGAACAAAUUUGGCACGAAUUCAGAAUAUACUUUUAGUCACAUAGACCAGUCAGCAAAUCCCACAGACCUAAAAAUGAUAUGUUUGACCUUUGAAAGACGUUUAGUUUGUCGUAUCUUACACUUGGAAUGCGCUCAUAGACGGAUCGAAGAUUCCGUUUCCGCGGGAAAAAAUAUAACAUUAAAGCGGUCCGAGAAAACGCGGCGGCAGAGUUGCUAGUAACUCCGGGUUGUGGGGUUCUGUCAAAAACUCGAAUUAAAAAGCCUCUCUGUUUCCUUUUCAGACAAAUAUGCACUGAAAAAAGAACAGAACUUCAUCAUACACGAGCAGAAAAGUCUGGCACAUCACGUGAUCUACAAACAAUCCUUGUCGUCUUUAAUUCACUGUGCGCUGAUGUGCACCAACUCGCCAUUUUGUAAAUCGGUCAACUUCAUAUCAGAGCAAGGAGGAAAUUUUGGCGAAUGUCAACUCAAUGACGCUACAGCAGAAGACUUUCCAUUCCAUCUGAUGCGAGUUUCUAAUUCAGUGUAUUCUGUUGUGUAUAGCUCAUGA